AUGCAGGAUGAAUCAUCGGCACCAACACCAGCUCAGGCAGCACCGUCCGUGCAGGUCGCAUCGUCGAUGCCGACAUCAGCUUCGAAAAAAUCAUCUAUGCAGGCUGCAUCGUCGAUGCCAACACCAGCUCAGGAAGCAUCGUCCGUGCAGGUUGCAUCAUCAAUGCCAACAUCAGCUUCUAAAAAAUCGUGUGUGCAGGCUGCAUCGUCGAUGCCAACACCAGCUCAGGAAGCAUCGUCCGUGCAGGUUGCAUCAUCAAUGCCAACAUCAGCUUCUAAAAAAUCGUGUGUGCAGGCUGAAUCGUUGAUGCCAACACCAGCUCAGGCAGCAUCGUUCGUGCAGGCUGCAUCGUCGAUGCCAACACCAGCUCAGGCAGCAUCGUCUGUGCAGGCUGCAUCGUCGAUGCCAACACCAGCUCCAACUGUAGUACCUGUUCAUGCCACUACCUCUGAGAAAUUCAGUUUUAUGCCUACUCCAACUUUAAGCCAUCAAACAAUGGCUGGCCCUCAAAGUAUAAACCUUCAAACAAUGGCUAGCCCUUCAAAUUUGGCAGAGGAGGAAGAUGUGGAUGCUGAUGAGGAUGAGGCGGUGGGUCAAGAAACUAUUACCCCUCUUGUGCCAACAAUAGAUGAGAAUGGGAAAGUUAUUAUAAAACCAUCUGGUACUGGGCUAGUUCCUGCCAAAGAAGUUGCUGGUGCCAUGAAUUAUGCGAUACGCAAACAAUUUUAUAAACCUAUACAUCAUUGGUCUGCACUCGAUCCUGAUACGAAAGCUGAUUGGUUUAAGUUGUUUGGAGAGAAGGUUUCGUGGGAUCCUUUCGAUCAUGCAUUUGUCUAUAGCGCAUUUGAAAAAAAAGGAAGAAAACGAUUAAACGACAUGUUGGGGAGGCGAGGAGAAAAGGGACUCGACCUUCAUAGAUUGACCGAGUUUUUGGCUGUGUCUUCUCAAAACAAGACCAAUCGAGCUUCCGCAAGAGGCGGAGCAGUCCACACCACAGGCCGUACGGCUCAUAUUGAUGUUGCACUUCAACUUUCACGUGAACUUCAAAGGGAUCUGCGUCCCAAUGAGUUAUUUUUAAAAACACACAAGAGGAAAAAUGGUGAAUGGGUUGACAGUCGUGCUGCAUCUACUUAUUUUGAAAUUCCUACUUCCUGCUAUCAGUUUGAAAAUGAAAUCCGAUUGAGGUUUCAAAAGACUUUUAAAGAGAAGUUUGAUGUAGAACUUCAGCCAACUGAAGAAGGGAAUGGAGAGGUUGUUCAAGUGUUAGAUGGAGAGCGUGUAAAUCAGCUAUGGACAGAGGCUGCUGGGGGCCGUAACCGUGGUCGGGUUUAUGGCGCUGCAGAUUUAGCUAUUAAUCUAAAACGUGGAUCAAAAAGUUUUACCCAACAAUCUCAAACUCCUCAACACUCUAUGUUUGGGAUGUCAUUAGAAGCUGAAAGAGCAGCUAGAAUUAGAGCUGAACAAAUUGCCGAGGCUGCAACGACCCAAUUACAAGAGGCUAACGAAGCAAUGCGAGCUGCUACCGAGGCUGCAAAAGCUGCUACCGAGACUGCACAAAGGAUGGAGAGGGAGAUGAAUGCUUGGAAGGAAUUUAUGAUGAAGAAAUUUGACACUUCAACUUUUGUAUCACAUUCUCAUCAUUAUGAUGACGAUUUGGAUGAUCAAUCAUUAGAUGAAGAUUGA